AUGAAGAAAGAUUCGGAUAUUGUCGUGGUCGGUGCUGGCCUUUUUGGCCUGACAACGGCGCUUGAGCUCGCGCUGCAAGGAUACCGCAAUGUCACCGUCCUGGAUCGUCAUGUACCUCCGGUCCCUGACGGCUCCAGCGUGGACAUCUCGCGUGUCAUCCGUUUCGACUAUGCCGACGACAUCUACCUGAAGCUGGCCUACGAGGCGUACCUCGAGUGGUACCAGUCGCCGAAAUACAAGGGCGUCUUCUUCCCUACGCCUGUCGUCAUGACCAGCAACAGUAACCCGGUCGGAAAGGCCUACAUCCAGAAGAGCAACGAUGCUAUGGAUCGCGCCAGCCUGCCAUGGGAGAGUUUCAAAUCCUCUGAGGCCGCGCGACGCACAUACCCGACUCUGAGCGGCCCUCUGGCCAGCCCCGGAUUCCUGGGUUACCACAAUAAGCAGGCCGGGUGGGCAGACGCGCGGAAAGCCAUCGCUGGCCUCCGCGACGAGUGCAUCAUCCAAGGUGUCUCGUUCGUGUCAGGCCGUGCCGGCACAGUCAUCGGAUUCGACCGUGACGGCGCCUCGGGGACAAUCCGCGCUGCCCGGACCUUGGCCGGAACCGAGGUCGCCGCCGACCUUUUCGUUCUCGCCGCCGGCGCGUGGGCAGGCAGCCUGGUGCCCAUGUACAACUCGACGCUCGCGACAGGGCAGGUGCUCGCUUUCAUCCGCCUUUCGCCAGAGGAGAUGGUCAAGUACGAGCGACUGCCCAUCUACGUCAAUUUCAGCACGGGCUUCUUCAACUUCCCACCGCACCAGGACACGUCGAUGCUGAAGGUGGUCGUGCACGGGUGGGGUUACGAGCGCGCCCCGACCGAGGCCGAGCGCAGGCUGCUCAAGUCGGACGUGUCGACACCGCCGCUGGCCGCGUCCAACGGGCGCAAGAACUACAUACCGGCGGAUGGCGAGCGCCGGCUGCGCGACGGCCUCAGGGAGCUGCUACCCGAGCUCGCCGACAGGCCCUUUGAACAGGCGGCUGUGUGCUGGUACACCGACACGCCCACGGGCGACUUUAUCAUGGACUACCACCCGGAUUAUCGGAACCUCUUCAUCGCCGGCGGUGGCAGUGGGCAUGCCUUUAAAUUCUUGCCAGUCCUCGGCAAAUACACGACCCUCGCCCUCCACAAGGAUCUUGAGCCUGCCCUGGCGCAGAAAUGGCGAUUUCGCACCGAGUACAAGGAUGUGGCCAGUGCAUUCCCGGGCGAUGGAAGUCGUGGAGGGCCGGAAAGGCGGCAACUUCUUGCUGAAGAGCGGGCGAAGCUGUAA